CGCCUCUCCCCCCAACCCCGCGCCGCCCUGGUCCGGCUGUCUCCUUCCAAUCCGCUGGAUCUGGCCUUUCUCCCGCUCCCCUCCUUCCACCCGAUCUCCAGGUCUAGCGAGUCCCCGGGGGCGAAGUGUGGGAAGUGCGAGUUUCCGCUCCGAUUGUCUGUCCCUGGCCGCCACCCCCGCCUGGCUUGCAGGCUUCGAGAGCAGCCGCUCAGACACAGGCAGGAGAGGGUCGCGGGGAGCCAGAGCCCAUCGCGAGGGCGCGGCGGCAGGAGCUGCACGAUCUGCAGGCGACGGAGCUUUCGGACAGGGUCUGGAGAAAGGAGCCGUCGGCGCUGUGAGCGGCUGGUGGCCUGCGUUGCACUCGGACCUGGGUUCGGAACCCGACUCAAGCCGCCGCCUACAAGGAGGGGAUGCCGGAGAGACGCCGAGGGAACUGGGGAAGAAGCCCGCCGCUCGCCCUAGAGAGAUGGAGCCGCCGCCGCUGCUGGUCCAGCUCAGAGUCCUCCUGAUGCAACUGCUGGUCGCCUACUCUCUCUUAGUUCUGCUUCCGCCGGCUGUGGCGCCCAUCUGCCCGGAGUCAUGCGACUGCCAGCAGCAGCAGCACGUCCUCUGCACCAAUCGGGGACUGCGGUCGGUGCCCAAGGCCGUUGAGCCACAGGACAUCCUCACCUAUAGCCUGGGCGGCAAUUUCAUUGCCAAUGUUUCGGCUUUGGACUUUCACCGCUUGGUGGCACUGCAGCGCCUAGAUUUGCAGUAUAAUCGGAUCCGUUCGCUCCAUCCGAAAGCCUUCGAGCGCCUAGGGCGUCUGGAGGAGCUUUACUUGGGCAACAACCUCUUGGCUUCCUUGGCGCCCGGCACACUCCGCCCAUUGGCUAAACUGCGAGUCCUCUAUAUCAACGCUAACGAGAUCGGUUAUCUAAGCACGGCUUCUUUUGCUGGUCUAGGCAAUCUGAUCAAGCUGCGGCUGGACGGCAAUUUGCUGGCCUCUCUGAGCGAUGCCACCUUUUCAGGACUAACCAACCUGCUGUAUUUGCAUCUGGAGGCCAACCAGAUCCGUUGGCUGAGCCGUAAUGCUUUUGCUGGCCUUGGCAAACUUCGUUUCCUUGACUUGUCUGGCAACCAGCAGAAUUUGCUGCGCCACCCAGACACCUUCAGGUCUCUGCGCUUGCUUAGCACCCUCCUGCUCUCUGGGAAUGACAUGCAACAGCUAGGGAAAGGACUCUUCCAACAUCUCUCCAACUUGGCCAGGUUGUCAUUGAGUGGAAACCGCCUGACGUGGUUGGCAGUGGAGGCUUUUGCUGGUCUGGGGUCCUUGAAAGAGUUGCACUUGGAAGGGAACCUGCUAAGCCAACUGCCUGCCACCUUAUUUCAGCCUCUGCAAAGCUUGGAGGUGUUGGAUCUGAGUAACAACCUCCUCACUACUGUUCCUGCUGGCACCUUUAGUCCCCUAAAUAAGUUGCGGGAGCUCAGUUUGCAGGGAAAUGCCCUGGCUUCCCUGUCUGGAGACCUCUUUACCUCCAACCCAGCAUUGUAUCGCUUGGAAUUGGAUGGGAAUCCCUGGAGCUGUGAUUGCCACUUGCGAGGGCUGAAGCAGUGGCUGGCAUCCUGGCAUUCCCAGGGCCGUCUCCUGACUGUGUUUGUCCAGUGCCACUGGCCACCUGCCCUGGCUGGGAAAUACCUUGAUUACUUAGAGGAUGUGCAACACUUCUCGCUUUCUAAUGGCUCUUGUUUGGAAGGGUUAACAUCUGCAAGCCCUGGAGGCAAUGGUAACUCUAAUUUAGACCUGGGCCUGGAUAAACAGAGCUCCCCACCUUCUGUUUCAACUGGGUUGCUAACGGGGUCCCAGAAGAUGGUAUCCGAAAAGGGAAGUUGGAAUGUGGAGACCAAUCCAACCACCCUGUUGCCCAGCUUUCUUGUCAGUACUAGGUCUCCCUCUGUACUUGCUGCCGCCUGGCCUCGGCGAGCGGGAAAACACCACUUGGUCUCCUCGGUGUCUAGUACCCUUCCUCUGGUCACCGAUCCAUGUGAUUUUAACAAAUUGUUUUUGUACAACCUGACAGUGGAUACUGUCACUGAGAGUGCAGUGACAGUGCACUGGGGGGUCCGCCCACACCGCAGCCCUCGCUUGUUAGGGCCAGUACGCUUCAGAGUCCUUUUUGAUCGCUUUGGCACUGCCAUCAAGUUCCAGCGCUUUGUUUAUAUCCCUGAAUGGAAUGAGCCGGUAGCCACUCUGCGAGAAUUGCGUCCAGAUACCCCAUAUCUGGUUUGUGUGGAAGGAGUGAUGGGGGGCCGGGUCUGCCCAGUGGCACCACGGGACCACUGUGCAGGGUUGGUCACUUUGCCUGAAGAGGGUGUGGGGGCAGCAGUUGCUGCGAUGGCUGGGGGGACCCAAAGCUUGGACCAGCAGCUCCUCACCCUUGUGCUACUGGCAGUCAAUGCACUACUACUCUUCCUGGCUUUGGCAGCCUGGGCUUCCCGCCUGGUGCGGAAGAAGGUUCUAGGGUGCCGUCGGAGAAAGGCAGCCUCACCAGUCCAUGUUAGGCAGAUGUAUUCCACCCGUCGGCCCCUCCGGUCCAUGGGGACUGGCGUCUCCACCGACUUUUCUGGCUUCCAGUCCCACCGUACACCGCGUAGUGCUGUUUGUGCCUUGCGUGAGGCUGACCUCAUUGAGUUCCCUUGUGAACGCUUCAUGGAUAGUAGCACUGCAGGGAACAGCAGUGUCCUACGUGGAGAAGAUAAUUUGUUGCAACGGUUUGCAGACUAGAGAUGGGGCUCUAAGCUAAUUUGCAAGUAUGUUAUCAUGAAGUGGCUGCUGGCAUUAUGAUUUAGUGAAGUCUGUGGGAAUGCAGCUUCUGCAAAGGUGGCCCCCCAUAUUGCAAAAUUACAACUCCCAACAGCCUUAGUUAGCAUGGCAAAUUGUAAAGGGUGCAGGGAAUUAUAGUUCAGCAAUAACUAGACUACUCACUGUUUCUGAUCUUCCUAUCCUAUCUUUAGAUCUGCAAAAAUAUAUGUAUAUAUAAAGAUGGCUGAUUAAAAAUGGGACAACUCCUGGAGUAAGAUAUACUUAAAAAAAAAAAAAAGCAAAAACGGUUUUCCUGAAUUUACUGUUUACUUAGAUAAUUUGCAGUCUAUGAUUCUCUAAAAACCAAUCAGAAUGGGAACCUACUACACUCUUAAAUUGCCAUAGUUGUGGCUAAAUGGGCAUUGAUCUCUAUUUGUGAAUUAAGUAGAUACUAAUAGAAAAAGAAUUUUAGUUGUCUAAUCAUCAGUUGUCAAAUAGAUACAGAAUCUAACAAUUCCUAACUUGUUGAUGUAACUCUGUAGCUACUCAGUAUUAUCCUUGGGUAAAAAAUGAACUAAAAUAACUGGAAUCAAACAAAAAAGGGUACAGAAAGUUUUAUGCAAAUGUUUGAAGAUGUACAAAUUUGGGGCCAUUUCAGGUUACAUCAGAUUCUCGCUUUUGCACCAUUUAUUUAAAACUGAUAUAAACAAGAUCAGGCCAGAAAAUUUUAUUUUCAGUGUCACUUGCCACUAUAUAGAUCUGCAAAAAUCUGCACAACCAUAAAAGUUGUGAAAAGAUACAAAGAUGUAGCUCCUUUGUGUCAUUUCAUGGUUAUCUGCAUUUAUGGAGACCAGAUAUAAUAGCAUUAGCAAUUGGAUGGUGCAAAAAAGUAUUCUAUUUAAUACAUCCUAGACAGUAGAGAUAUCAUUUCUUCAGACACAGAAAUUUCUAUAAACAUGGAGCCUAAUGGUUGGAGCCUUUUGCAUGCUAGUUCUGACUAGGCUUUGCAAACAUUGAGAGCAACAGGAGAGGAAUCAGUAUAAUUAUUAUUGCUUUUAAAUAAAACUCUUCUCAGAGAAGAGGCUGUUAAGUGUCACUCCCUUGAUGGAUAGCUGAGAUUCUCCUGGGUAUAACUGAAAGUACAAUUCAACUUUUGGUAGAUGCCUGUUGGCAGUUUGCAUCAAUGGUAUUUCCUCAGCUGAUGUUACUCUUAUCUAGAAUAUGUAUUUAGGAUGAGCCAGAUUUGCUUCUUGCUUUUCAAAAAAUGUGAAUCCCAAUUACUACUAUGAUGCAGGGAAUAUUCUUGAAUUUGUGCUAUUAGACACUGAUUUUUAAUUCUCACCAGCUCUUCCAAAUUAUAGUUUUAGAUUAAAAAUAUUUUUUUUCUAGAAGGGCUUUGAAAACAUGUUUAACUUGUGACCUAAGAAUGGUGCUUUUUUAUACUGACCAGGGCUUUCUUUUAUUAAACGAAUGUAAGAAAUUUUAGUGUAUGUUUAUAUAACAUGUUAAAAUAAAUAAAUAAAAAGAUGAAGAAAGGGAGGAAUAAAGGAAGGAAUGUUAAUUUUGCAAAAUUCAGAUGUCGACACUGCUAGGGAAAAGAAUCCUAAUCCAAUUUGUUAUAAUUUGUUUAGAAUUUUUUUUACAGUGGUCUUAAAUAAAUACUUUUUGGUACUUCUACAGUUUUGCCUAUUUUUUAAAAAAAUCUUGUUAUUCAUAAAUGAUUUUGAAUAGAGAUAUAGGAGCUUUCAGCUAAACUGGAGAAAGUAGAUUAUGUUGCUGUCCUAUGAUUGUUGUGCAGCAACACUAUCCUCCCCAAUAUUACAUAAUGAGCCACUAAACCUUGCUAGGUUUCUGGAAAGUUGCUCAGGAAUUGGAAGAAUUUCCUUAGAAGAUACUUCUAUCCAGUGGUGGGAUUCAAGUAAUUUAACAACCGGUUCUCUGCCCUAAUGAUUUCUUCCAACAACCAGUUUGCCAAACUGCUCAGAAAGUUAACAACUGGUUCUCCCGAAGGGUGCGAACUGGCGGGAUCCCACCACUGCUUCUAUCCCAUUUGGAGGAAAUUCCCUCUUCUUCCUCUGCACUUCAGCCCCAUUGAGCAGAGGUUACUGGCCUAGUGAAAAGCAUUUUUGGAUAAAUGCAUGGGCUGCAAGGGAAGAAAAAUAUAUAGAGAAGCACACAUUGUGAUUUUCAUGAUAGAAAUGUCACCCUCUCUAUAAUGCCUUGGUAUGACCAUACUUGGAAUACUGCAUCCAGUUUUGGUCACCAUGAUGUUAAAAAGAUGUUGAGACUCUAGAAAGUGUAGUGAGAAGAGCAACAAGAUAUUAGGGACUGGAGGCCAAAACAUAUAAAGAGCGGUUGUUGGAACUGAGUAUAUCUAGUUUAAUGAAGAGGAGGACUAGGGGUGACAUGAUAGCAGUGUUCCAAUAUCUCAGGGGUUGCCACAAAGAAGAAGGAGUCAAGCUAUUCUCCAAAGCACCUGAGGGCAGGACAAGAAGCAAUGAAUGGAAACUAAUCAAGGAGAGAAGCAACCUAGAACUAAGGUGAAAUUUCCUGAUAGUUAGAACAAUUAAUCAGUGAAACAACUUGCCUCCAGAAGUUAUGGAUGCUCCAACACUGGCAGUUUUUAAGAAGAGAUUGGACAACUAUUUGUCUGAAAUAGUAUAAGGUUUUGUACCUGAGCAGCGGGUUGGACUAGAAGACCUUCAAGGUCCCUUCCAACCUUGUUAUUCUGUUGUAUGGAGCGCAGGACAGACUUACUAGAUUCAUGCAUCUUUAGUCAUGACAUCACAUAUGCUGUAUAAACCCACCCAUGAAUGCCUAUAUGAUAUGCUAAUCCCAAGUAUUAGAGUUCAGUUUAAAAUGGAAACAAAAUAGAUAUUUACUUAUAACUCAUUUUCAAGUGUAUUUCUGAUUUAAAUCUUAAUUUGAAGAAACACAAGGAGAUGAGUAUUGCAUUUUUAAUUAAAUUGAUGUCUUGUAGUGUGUAAUAUUGUUCGAAGAGAAGAUAAAUUAUGUUUAUUAAUCAUGUUUGGUAUGCCACCAGAUUCCCUAAAUUGAACCCAAGUAAAAAAAAUACAUUUCAAACAGUCCAUCAUGGCAUCUUAAUGGACCUUCUCAAAAAUGAACUAUGAGACAAAAGCUAAAAUUCUAAAUAUUGGCAAAUAAUAUUGUUCGAAGAGAAGAUAAAUUAUGUUUAUUAAUCAUGUUUGUAUGCCACCAGAUUCCCUAAAUUGAACCCAAGUAAAAAAAAUACAUUUCAAACAGUCCAUCAUGGCAUCUUAAUGGACCUUCUCAAAAUGAACUAUGAGACAAAAGCUAAAAUUCUAAAUAUUGGCAAAUAAUAUCCCCAUGUGACUAAAAUUAUCUUAGUUAAAUUGGUAAUGCUGUUAAUCUAGGCAACAUUUCAGUUUCAGUGUAGAGUGUUCUGAUAAUACUCAGAACCUCCAGGGAAGAAGUGAACAGGAACUAAACUGAGAUUAUUGUCUACAUUUGGAAUGUAGUGACUCCUAAUUGAAAUUUCAGAUAUCCACUUGUUAAAUAAGAGAACCAUAAAGGUUCCCCAGCUUCAAAAUCAGAUUGCUGAUAUUAAACAGCAUGAAAAACUGGAAUGUAGGGAAUAUAGAAAAACAGUAAUUGAUGCUAAAACACAUUUAUACUCAGAGAUACUCUGAGUAGCUGUUCUGUUUUGCACACAAUUCCCAUUUUUGGAUUUUGAAAUUCUAAAACAAACUAUAUUGAAACUUGUUCUUCCCAUCCAUACUAGUAAAUAUAAACUUGGCUUUUCUGCUAAUUAGAUUAUCUGAUGUUAAUACAACACGCUUUGUAAAUUCCACAUGAAAUAGUGCUUGUUAAUCUCAAAAUUCAGGAGUCUUGCAGAAGAAAAUCUUGGCUCUAUAAAACUUUCAUAUAUGAAUGCGAACUCUAUAAACAAUAGGUCCAUUUUUCAUCUAAUCUGGCUACUCUGCAACUGUAUGAAUAAUAUUUUUAACGGAGUCUGACAAUAAAGCUAUCCUUGCCUUGAUACUUCAUACUGGUUCUUAACUAAAGGAAAGUGACACCUGUCACUUCAUCGUAUGUGCAAUCAUUUAACUUUUUGGGAGGGGGCGGUGUUACACUUUAUUAAUUUUAUCAUAAUUUAUUUAUCUGAUUAUUGUGAUUCUCCCAGAAUUAUUGAGAAUUGGGGAGUAUACAAGUUUGAUAAAUUAUUAUUAUAUUACCACUACUAUCAAAACAGUCCAGCCAUCAGUGAUGAGAGGGUAGUAGAAGGAAUGUCAACAUAACAAAUUUCAACUUUCACAAAUAUGGUCAAAGUUCUUGCCUCCCUCUCUUGAACAUAGUUCUGGCCCGAAGACAUUGUGCAAUGUUGCAUACAAAAUUCUAGUCCUUCAUUAUAAUUAAACCUUGGGAACUACUGGUAGUCCUCACUUAACAACUGUCCUGUUUAGCAACUAUUCAAAAUUAUAACAGAAGUGAAAAAAUAACAUUAUGUCCAGUUGUCCCAUUUAUGGCAGCGUCCCAUGGUCAUGAGAUUGUCAUUUCUGCACUUCAGAUUUCCAACAACCGGAGUCAAUGGAAAGCUGGCAGUAAAAUCACAUCUUGAUUGUGUGAUAUCUCAACGAUUUGCUUAAGAAGCACAAUGGAAGUAAAAUCAUAAGUCCAUCAUAGGCAUAUGAUAACUCACUGCAUUGCUUAGCAGUUCCAACUAUAAUGAUGAAGUGAGUACUAGCUGUUCAGCCUUAAAUUUAACUGUACUUCUUUGAGGCAAUAUUCAUAAGGUCGAAAUCACUGCAUUCCAAUCAAAAUCAAUCCUUUAUUUGUUUACUCCUAAUGGACAGAAUCUUGCCAGACUAAAUCUAUACCCUUAUAUCUUGCUAGAUACAUCAUGAGAAAUUCUAGGAGUAACUGUGUCUACCCAGAGUCUCUUUCCCCCUUCCUGGGACUGUGUAGUAUCUUAAUGUAACCCUCUUUCUGGAAAAGCUUUUUUGCCAAACCUCUCCCACAUGGCUCCUUGAGGUGUACCUUUCAGUACAAUAGAUUUGGUUAUCUAAUGCUAAAGUUUAAACAUUGAGUAUAGAUAAGUAUGAUCCUAUCCAAUCUGAUGCUCUUCCAUGUGUAUUUGGUUUCAAUAUUCACAAUUCCUAAUCACCAGAUGAUAGCAGAUGUAGGAUGGAUGGAUAACAUAGAAUCUUGUAUUAUGCGUAACACCUAUUUUCAAAAGAAAGGUGAUAGCUGUUUGCAUAUGCCAAUAAACCCAAGGUUUCCAGAAGUAUAAAAUGUUACAGAUAAGUAAUUUAAUAAAGACUGAAUAUAUUCACCAUAGCACAAUUAGUAAUGGAAAACUUGGCCUGGAAAGGAUAGUAUUUUUUUUUUAAAGGACAUGGCUAGAAUACUGAAUAAAAGCAUUCCAUAAUAAGAAUGAUUAAUGUGAAUUAGUAACCUCAAAGUCUUUUAUAUUCACUCUUCUGCUGAAUCAAAAAUUAAAUGGGAAAAUGCCAUUUAAAUGUGUACUUAGGCUGCCUGGAGGGGAAUUAAUUCAUGUUACUGUUAAGAAUAUUUAUUUGAAAUUAAUAGUUCCAUUUGCUUAUGUUUAUAUUUUGCAUACAGCUAUUUCAUUACUGUAGUGCAAAUUGACAAACAAAAAAUAUUAUAAGUGGACCUACUAAAAAUGGUCUCUUUAAUGUGUGUGUGUGUUUUGUGUGUGUGUGUUUGUAUAUACCCACAUAUGUACUUGUGUAUGCACAAACUGGAAAGAGAAAUUUCAUUCAUUCAUUGCUGCUGUUUGGUUCCUUCCUAUGCAGAAGAUACCAAAGUAAGGGCAGGAAACAAGAUUUCCUGACUGCCUUCACCACAAGGCCUCCCGAUGAGCCAUGUAGUGAUGUUUCCUGCCCUUACUCUGACAUCUGCUAGGUUUGAAAACAACAAGGAUUAGGAAGCUCAGGGCCAGAAAGUGGGAGGGGACAUAACUGUUACAAUCAUCACACGAACAUGCAAACAAACAGUGGGUAAGAUCUCUUAAUUGUCACUUCAUAGAGAGGAAGUGGCAGGAUUUCUUCUUGUCCCAAUAUAGCCACACAUUUUCAAGUAAAAUGUUAAUCCCUUUUAACACAGAUUCUUUUGUAUUUUAGAAAAGGAAAUGAAGCAAAAAGAUACCCAUGUAGGAAAAUUUCAGGGAAAAUAUAGUGAAGUGGAUCUCACACUCAAAUUGUCAUAAGUGUCUCAUGUGGACUAUUCUAGUAACUGGAGGGCUACAAGGUUGUUUUGACAUAUGUUGUCAUAUCACUAAUUAGUGGGGUGGAAAAAUUCAAAUCUCCUCUCAAACGUGGAUUUCACUGGAUGACUUUAGGACCAUACCUGUCUCACAGGUGUUUGGUGGGAAUAAGAUCAGGAACCCUACAAUAUAAACAGGAUUUAGUUAUCAGAGGAAAGAACGUAUGCUUUCUGUCUGUUUCUGUGUGAUGUUAUUUAUUAUUAUUGAUGUUGAAACAUGUUACGUAUAAUAGUUCAUAUAGUGCCUGAAACAAUCUUUUUGUUUCAAGCCAAUUACAUUUUCUAUACAUCUUAGUGGGAAUUCAGGCUAUCAUUUAUAAAAUCCAACCAAUCUCAAUAAAAUAUUCCCCAGUUUGUUUUUUAAGCACAUUACCAGAUCUUUAUCAAGCAAAGAAAUCAGCCAACCAAAUCUUUAUCAAAUAAUUUUUCAAGAGAAAUAUUGAAAGCAGGUAAAUAAUAUAUUUCUUGCAUCCUACAUUACAUUCAAUAUAUGUAAUAAGUCUAAAUUUAGUGAGCAUUCAAUCUUAUGGGCAUUGCUAUCAUUUCAUUAAAGAUUUCUUUUCAAACUUUCUCAAAUUUAUUUCAUUCCCAGCAAAAAUGGGGAGUGGAAGUCCCUCAGUACAUCAUAAAAUAAUUAUAUGGUAUAUGUGAAAUUCUUAUAGGGGUUAAACGCCACUGAUGUAAGAUCUUAAGAUAUAAUUCUUGUAUUGAAGUACAUAAAAAUUCUUCAGAUUUCCACAAAGCUUGCCACAUUGCAUUAUAUAAUUAUUUUGCCUAAGUCAGACUCCCAAACUUAUUUCAAGCCUGUAAUAUAGUUAUUUAGACUUAAUUCCAACAAGUUUCAGUGACUACUAAUAUUAUACCUUCUUCACUAUAUGACUGUAAAUAAAAUAAAAAAGCUUUUCUAGCUUUAGGCCUAAUUAGGCCUAAAACAGCCUAAUUUUUAAUUUCUAAAAAUUGGACAGUGGGUAUUGAAUGCGUUCCAUCAUCCCUAAGUUCACAUCCAAUGCUCUGGGCCAAGUAUUCUUAACUCUUUCAUUAAUGGCAGAAGCAGAGUGGAGAAAUUGCUUUAAUAGAUGGACUGGCAACUCUUGCAUGCAAAAGUGUGAUUUCAUCUGGAUAAACAUUCAACACAGGGGACUUUUCUGGCUUCUGAUGUAGUUCGUUCCAUUCCUGUCUUUUGCUGCCUUGCUGCUGCCAGAAACAAUCUGCCGGCCUCUCUGAUUCAUACGGUUGCAUUUCUCAUAGAGCAAAUUCUUGGCUGCUAAGACAAGAACACAUGACGUGUAUCUUCAGAAAUGUUUCCCCAGAUACAGAUGAUACCAAGGUUUUCUGAAUAAUUCCUUACUCUCUGUGGUAAACAAAGUGAGGCAUAAGUGCAAUAUUGUAUCCUGGAGAAGAGACAGCUGUAACUUUGAAUGAAUAUUAUUUAUCCUUUAUUUAUUAAACAAAUUAAGCCUAAUUUGGGAAAAGAGACAAUCUAAUUACGCAGAUACUUUAUUCCAAUUAAAUGCAUUGUUUUUUUCAGGUAGCCAUUAUACCAUGUGCAAAGAAAGCAUACUGUAGAGAAAUUGGACCAAAGUCAUGCUACAUACAGUAUCCAGCUGUAUUUUCCAAAUUAAUUUUCUGGUAUGUUAAGAGUUCUGUUAUUCCACCUGCCAUUCAAAAUGGCAUACCUAACAUUCAGUGGUUCAAUUUUUUUCUUAACAGCUAGCCUGUAGUUGGGACAAUGGGUCUAAAAUCCAGUUUUAUCCCAACAUCUUAACCCAAUGUUUCUCAAGCUUAGCAGCUUGACAAUCAAAGGACUUGGCUGGCUGGAGAAUUCUGAAAAAUUUAAGUCUACACAUCUUCAGGUGGUUAAGGUUCACCACUCGACUUGUGUGUCCCUAUCAUUUAGGGAUCCUUGGGCAAAGCCACCAUAUUUGUUGCACAUUCACCUGUGCUGCUGUAAAGCACAUCACCUCCUACAAUUGUUGUAUGAAGAUCAUGCUAUGGCUGGCUAUACAGUCUCUUCGGCUGAGAACAUUUGUAUUUGUCAUCCAUAGGAUUGUGCAUUGAAACUAAGAUGGUUGUUUUGGUUUAUAUUAUAUGAACAAAUAAAAGCUGACAGGGAUGUCUCUAUUAUGUGAUCCAAAAGGUGAAGAUGAAGCCACAACUGAAGCCUCAAUCUUACUAUCAUAGUCAUUAUCUUCACUUUUUUCCCCUGGACCAUGCAGAAGUCCCUAAAGCUGAUUAAACACUUCUUCGCCAGCUAUUCCCAACAAAUUUAAGGCUUGAAUAAAUUAUAGUAAAAUCAGACUGAUGUCUUUGAAGAAGAGUCCAUCAUACUUCCCCAAUAAUUUAGUAUCAGAACCCUACCCCUUUUAUUAACUGGACCUGCUUGCUUUCAGUUAUAAAAAAUGGUUCUAUUGUUUAAUAUGCACCACUUAAGUAAGAAAUUUUAGUCUGAAAUCCACUGCAUAUUUUACCAGAAUUUAUGUCCCUCUUGACAUAGGGGAAAUUGCUUAAAAGUAAAUACGAAUAGAAUUCAGUUGCAUGUUUUUGGAUUACAAAUUGCAUUAUAGUAGACUUUAUUUUAUCAUACUGCUUGUAUUUAUUUAGUUUCUGACCUUUUUAACAGGGAGAUUACUAGUCUGUUUCCAAAGGAUAUUAAUACAUAAAUAAUCUCAGUAAAGACUCUAUGGAUUUGAAGAUUCCUAAAUAUUCACAUGAAGUUCCAGUAUUAGGAUUGGCUGCAAUACUGAUAGGUAACAAAGGCCUAGGAAAGAGGUUAUUCUGUAAACCAAUGUUAGGAUUGGGGUGACUGUUGAAGUUCAGGUAUUAUAUUGAUCUUCUAAAAUAGAGAUAUAAGAACAUGUAAAGUAGCUUUGUGAUGGCAAAGCACUGAAUUUAUUAAAAAUAGGUAGGAUUAAUUCACCAAGUAUGAUACAAUUCAUGAUUCUGUCUGAGUUUUCCCUGGGUACAUUGGACUUCAACCCUAUAAUUCCAAGCCAAUUUACUCUUUCAAAUUAGGAGCACUAGACGUGUCCAACUGUAGCUCCUAUCAUUUCUACUCCCCAAUACACAUACUAUCAGUAAUUGUGAGUGUUAUACAGCAAGAGACUAGGGAACAUCUGACUGGGGAAUGUUAGAUCAAGCAAAUUAAUCUUAGCAUCAUUCUUUUGUCACAGAAGAUACGGCCUUAUUAGCAUUUAGGACAAUAUUAAUUAAUUAGUCUCUGAAAAUAUUCCAUUUCAUGCUUAGAUAUGAUUAUUACAUCUCAUAUGAAAAGCCAGUUAACAAUAAAACAUCUGUUCUCUGUCCCUGCAAAUGAACUUUUGUACUGUUAAUCAUUUUGAACUGCUGUUUUUUGUUUACUGGGCUAGAUGUGAUCUUUGAGGAAGGGCUGAGAUCCACAAAGUGGGAAUAUAGUUGAUGAUAGCAUUCCAUCAACUUGAGUUCCAGUUUUCCCUCUGGGAAACAGUAAUUUUGUUUGGAUUUCAGAAGCCAAUAGCUUAGUAAAGCAAGACAACUUUAGACAGAAGGCAUUAAUAAAGGGAAGAAUGUACAUGAACCCUAAAUUUGCAGCUUUUAAGGAGCAGUAUACAUAUUCCAUUAUCUUUGUGAUAUUUAUAACAAAGAAAUAAAAUUGAAUGGGAGGGGAACUUGUAUUUCAACUUGUACAUUUCUAGAGAUAAAAGUCUUAUUUCAUUGUCUUAAUUUGAAUCAUAGGGAAAAAACUUUGUUUUUAAGGAUCACACAAUUAUCAGUUGUCAAUAUCUUCUCAUUACCUCUUUCUGCUCUCCACAACAAAUUAUUGUUCUUCAUAUUAUUUACUUGUCAAAAGGUUUGGGUUAGGAAGUAGUUUGUGGAGUUACACCCAUGUAUAGUCAAAUGGAACCCUUUUCCUAGUUUUAAAAUAUGGGCAACAUAAAUUUGCUCAACCACUUUAUCCAAAUUAUUGGGACAGAUUUCAAGCUCUCCUGAUGUAUUUCUAUCACUUGUCAUCUUUUAUUUGUUCCUUGGUUUUUCUCCAGCUCUGUUUCUACUUGACUUUAGAAUAUAAUUGGAUUCUAUCUACCAAACAACCAAGCUAACUUAUUAAGGCAGGCUUACAUUUAAAUGUCAAAGCACUUGUAUGUGAAUAUUCACUUAUUUCUGAAACUCUUCAUUAUGUUCUGCUAAAAUAGAGUUCUUGCUUUGGCCAGAGGCAAAAACAUCCAGUCUGAUGUUAUACUUAAAAACUAGCUAGAGAGAGUACUUUUUUCAAGUCUAUAUAACAAAUUAAUUAAUUGUUGGCUUCAGGACUGUGACCUUAAGAAGCAAGAUAGAAUAAUUGCUUUAGGAGUAGAUUUCAGAAUUGGCAUCACUGUUCUUCAUCCACUUGAGUUCCAGAUGAAAGCCAAAUUCUGAAGCAUCAAGACUUACUUUUUCCUUACUAUUAUCUCUAUUCAUAAAAAGCAAAAUUCCUUUUGAAGCAUAUUACUCUUUGGCAAAGAGCUGAGAAUACUACCAGCUGCCAUCAAGAUUAGGGGCUAUUUUCCUAAUACUCAAGUAAAUAUUCUUCUUCUUUCAAUGCAUGCAUAUAUGUGAAAAAGGAAUUCCAGCCCACAUUCCAUUUAAUCAUUGUAAAUUAUUCCAUCUAAAUAUGGUAUGUACAAGGGUAGCUUUAUGCAUCUGAUACAAGAAACUAUUGUAUAUAGUUCUUGGUUCAAACAAGAGUUGAUUACUGGAUUAGUCCAUUUCCUGAUUUCAGAAUACAUUGAAUCAUAAAGUAAUCAAAUGGACAGAACUUCUCGUACAAAAUAUAAUCCUUGUAAAAAUAACCAAGCCUAGCAUAUUUUGUGAAUCCAGCAUCUCAUUUUGUACUGACAUGGUCCAGAUAUAUUAUGCAAAUUCAUCUGUAUAUUCAGAACUAUCCACAUUAAUAUUGUUUACACCAGACUUUAUAACUGAUAUUCUUGAAAUAUAUUGGUCCAUCUCCCAUAACAUACAGCCAACAUGGUCAAAGGUUGGGUGUUAUGUGGAAGUAGUCCAAUACAUAUGUCAGGAACUAAGCUAAAAGAAGCUGUUUUGCAUUGAGUAACAAAAGAUCUCCAGAUAAAUUUUCCCAGACAUUUUUGAAAUGUUGGAAUUUGAACUAGGACCUUUUGCAUUUCCAGCAUGUGGCUUAACUAUGAACUUCCUUCAGUCUCUUCUAUUGAAGAUUCUCAGAAUGAAAAUAAAGAAGUCAGUCUAAAAAGCCUCUUAACCACAAUCACUUGAGUAAAUUUAAAGUAGUUAAAGUAGUUAGAGAGAGUUUUCAAUUUCUGUACAAGUCCAGUUUGGAUGACUGGAUUCCAUCCUUAUAUGAUGUGUUGGUCGAUCUGUUGAUGUUCUGCUGUUUUGAACAACUUUGGGAGGCAUUUGUACACAUGUAAUACUAGGGCAGGAGUCUGCAACCUUAAACACUCAAAGAGCCAUUUAGACCCAUUUCCCAAAGAAAAGAAAACACCGGGCGCCACGAAACUUCCCAUGCCUGACUAUUUCUUGAGCGGCCACAAAACUAGCAUAUGUAGUUGAAUUAAAUGUUCUGUUUUCUUCAGAAACUUUACUUUUCUUGGAUUUAUCCAUGGUUGGCCUACCAGGGGUUGAAAAGCUCAAUAAAUCGUGUGCUGGUGGAUGUCACACGUUGGUGAUUGUGACGCAUAUUUUGAGUGACAGAGCUGCAGCAGAGGGGUGAAAGAGCCACAGGUUGCUGACCCCUGUACUAGGAUCUAAGUUCCCAGUGCCUUUCAUAUGACUUUUUAUUUCUUCGGUCUGUGGUACCCAGAGUGUACUUAAUUUCACUGAACUUGUCAGUGAAUAAUGUACUUCUGUGUUAGAGAUCAGAAAGAGGGACAAAAGAUGGGUUCAGGAGAAGCCAAGAAGAAAUAACUCUGUAUCUAUGGGUCUUCCUGUGAAUUAACCACCUCAAGCAAUCUCAGUGUCUAUACUUCUGUUUCAGUUUUAAACAUCUUGCUACUAUGAAAAGCCAUGUUCUGGUAUAUACCACUUGAGGUUAGGUUGAUAGUUGCCACUUUAGUGAGCUACAGUUUGAGGCUGAAUUCAAACCAGAUGUUUAUUUUUCUGUCAGGAAUUUUCUUUUUCAUGUUGUCUAGGGAGCAUUGGGUAGUAGGAAGGGGGAGAAACAGAGAUGGAAAUAGAAGCAAAUUUUUUAUGAAAAUAAGAUAUAUUUUUGAGGUUGGAAAAGGAAGAAUCAUGCAGGUAAUGAGAACAAAAAGCAAUGAAUAAAUUUCCAAAUGGGUAAGGUGUUAAACACCCCCUCAUUCCCAUGAGGAAAAACAAUUUAGAGACUGAAAAAAGCAUGCAUUGCAAAUUGUUGAAUGGCAAGGAGGCAUAUGAGUACAGAACAACUGGAUUUCAUUAAGCCUACAGAAAUUGAAUAAUUUAAUAGCUUGCACAUAUCUUCUACUUCAGAAUAUCCUCUUCAGGUAUAGAACAUUUUACUCCUUUCUAUACUGACGCUUGUACAGUAACACUUAGUUUUAUUGAAAAUAAUAAUAAUAAAUAAUAAUAAUAAUAAUAAUUUUAUUUCUAUACCACCCUUCUCCCAAAGGACUCAGGGUGGUGUACAGCCUAUUAAAAGCACAAAGACAAACAACAAUUAAAAUUAUUUAAAAUUAUUAAAUAAUUUCGGCUCAAUAUUAAAACCCCCCAAAAUUUAAAACAUCCAAUUUAAAACCAUUACAUUGAUAGCCCGGCCUGGCGGAACAGCAGGGUCUUAAGGGCACAGUGAAAUACCCUGAGGUUGGAGAUCUUACGCAUUUCCAGGGGCAGUUCAUUCCACAGGGCUGGGGCUCCCACAGAGAAGGCCCUCCCCCUGGUGUCGCCAGCCGACAUAACUUGGCCGAUGGCACCCUGAGAAGACCCUCUCUGUGGGAGCGAACUGGCCAGUGGGAGGCUACUGGUGGCCGAAGUCAGUCUCGAAAAUGCUAUUGUCCUAAGAUUAUUUUAUUUGCAGGAGAAUUUCUAUCUCUGGAGGAAAGGAAAUGAUCACAGUUCCAACUUGAUGUGCUCCAGACAUUUAUUCAUUUUAGUUUUUAGAGUCUGCCCAACUCAGAGGAUCUGAGCAGAUAAUAACAUAUGAAAAUUAUAAAAGCAGCCAUAGAAGUAAAUAAAUAAAAUCUCACAUAAUAAAUCUCUGCCAAAAUAGAAACUUAACUAGGGUUGAAAUAAAUCUGUCUUUAAAGAUCUUCUAAUAAUCAAGCAGAGGGAGUUAUAAGACCUUAAGGGAAUGAAAGUUUCAAGUGGAUUAACAAAUUCCAAGCAUGCCUACAUGAGAUUGAAGACAUUUAGGAUAGGAUAUUUGCAUCUAUGGAUUUUCAUUCAUCUUACCAUAAAUGAAAUUCUAAUUGAGAACUAUUUUAUAUGCAUGUGUUGUAUAAAAGAACAAUUUUACCCCUUUGGAAAAAUUAGGUUAUUUUCAUAGCUAUUAUACUACAUAGAUAUCAAAAUUGAUAAAGUUUUGGAAUGUAUUUCACUGUGAAGGAUUGAUGCAAAAAUAUUUUAUGUAUUUUUGGACAGACAUUUAUAUGUAUACUAACAAUGUUGGUUUGUGAAAUAGCCAAUAUAUUCAGCAAUAUCUUGGGAAGAGGGUUGGGAAUCCAAAUCUGCAAAAUGGUCCAUUACAGUGCAGUGUCAUUAUACAAACGUCAUUCUAUUUUAUAUGUUUUGCCAUAGCAUGCCUAUUCAAAAGAUGUAAGUUUGUAUCAUAAUGUGUACACUUUUUCAAGUAUAAAGGGCAUAAAUGUG